CGUGACUAGACGAAACAGACAAGCAUUAAUUAUCUUAUCUCCCUCUCUGAAACACACAUACAUACACACUGAAGAUGGGAGCUCAAAGAACGUUAGAGUUGUUGAUCCGCCGGGGAGAACUAUAAUUUCUGACCGGGGUUCGUUCAAUUUCGCAGGGUUUUCUCUGUAAACAUCGGUGUCUGAUUCUGAAUGAGGAUAACAAUGACUAACGUUAAAGGAAUUUACACCGGGGCAGUUGUCCCAAAUACGUCUUUCAUCUGUGUAUCCUAAUUCAUAGAUCGCAAGGAGUCUAGCUGGUGGUGGUGUUAUCCAUGGGUCCCGUCAUGCCUCCCAGUAAGAAGCCUGAGGUGUCGGGCAUCAGUGUGGCGAGCGCCAGCCUCUCCCACUUCUACCAGGCCGGCUCGCUGUCCCGCGCCCUUCAGGAGGCAGAGGAACUCGACCUGGCCCUCCCUGUCCCACCAGCCCAUCCCCUGGCGCCCCUGUCUGGCGGGGCCGCCAAGCCAGAGAAAGGCACCUCCACCCCGGGCAUGGACGACGAGGAGUUGACCAACCUCAACUGGCUCCACGAGAGCAAGAACCUGCUCAACAGCUUCGGAGACCCAGUGCUGCGCAGCGUAAGCCCCGUGGGUGGUGAGGGGGGCGGAGGUGGCGGCAACCGCGGCGAUGGGGACAGCGACGACACCCCGCCUUCGCCAGGCGGGGACCUACCGUACGACGCCCAGCGCAACCCCAACUGUAAGCCGCCAUACUCGUUCAGCUGUCUAAUCUUCAUGGCCAUCGAGGACGCUCCCUCCAAGAGGCUUCCGGUGAAGGAGAUCUAUAACUGGAUACAGGAACACUUCCCUUAUUUUGCCAAUGCUCCCACAGGGUGGAAGAACUCUGUCAGGCACAACCUGUCUCUAAAUAAGUGCUUCAAGAAGGUGGACAAGGACAGGAACCAGAGCAUUGGGAAGGGAUCCUUGUGGUGUAUAGACCCUGAAUACAGGCAGAAUUUGAUUCAGGCACUGAAAAAGACACCAUACCACCCUCACGCCCAGGUGUUCUCGACACCCUCCACCUCUCCUCUGGCAUAUCAGAGCAUGCCAAGUCCUCCUGUAUGGCCGGGGAAUCCCUUCUUCAGAAAAAACGGAGGAGUUCUUCUACAAGUCCCUCAGGGAGUGAUCCAGAAUGGAGCCAGAAUAAUGAAUGAAGGUCUUUACCCAGGGAUACGACCGCUGCCCAUCAACUCCCUAGAGAGCAGGACCUCCACAGUCAGGUCGGUGCUCAUCGGAGGCUGUCGGAAGCACGGCGACCCCACCUGCAACUCGCCGUUAGUCAGCAGCGAUCCCAAGGAGGAUCAUACCUACAGCACCAACCAGUCGGACGACGGCAGUGACUACACGAGCGACUCUAGUCUCCGCAGCAACUGCAAAGUCCCUGUUGCUCAGGACGUUGCCAACGACUCGGACUUCGACGACGAGGAAGACGAAGAUGACAAGAGCAAGAUCCAGCUAGCGAUCAAGAAGGAAGAGACGCUCGACUGGCCCAUAGACACGAUAGACUCCGCCCCCUCUGGCCAGCAACACAGCAGAAAGCGGCAUCAUUACCUGAAAGCCAAGCAGAGGAUGGGCGUGGCUAGUGAUACGCUCCCGCUGAAGAAGAGGCGCACGGAAAAACCGCCGGAGAGCGAUGACGAGGAGAUGAAGGAGGCAGCGGGCUCACUGCUCCAUCUGGCUGGCGUCCGGGCUUGCUUGAACAAUAUCACCAACAGAACCGCCAAAGGCCAGAAAGAGCAAAAAGAACCCACGAAAAACUGACCACAGAGACUUGAGAGUGAGAAAUUGAGAGAGACUUAGCAGAGAGAGCAAAGCUUUUCAAAGAAAGAAAGAGAAAGAGAGAACGGAAAAACAAAACAUCACUUUCAAUAUAGAAAUGUAUGCUUUCUUUUUUUCAGGACAUCAGGUGAAUUCUGAAUGAUUUGUGGCAAUAUUAAAAAACAAUCACUUUG